AUGGUACACAUGACAGGCUGGCCGAAAGGUUCGGCCGAGAAGUUCCUCCAUUCUACACCCGUUGCUAAAACAAUAACGCUAUAUCCUUUGAAAAGUUACAGUUUUGGCACCAAAGAACCCAAUUAUGAACGAGAUCGUAGUGUUCCUGCUCGAUUUCAACGGUUACAAGAGGAUUUUGAGAAGUAUGGUAUGCGUCGGUCGGUUGAAGGAAUCUUACUUGUACAUGAACACAACCUACCUCAUGUCCUAUUACUUCAACUCGGUACGUUUUUCAAACUCCCUGGAGGUGAACUGCAUCCAGGUGAAGAAGAAAUCGAAGGACUGAAGCGAUUAUUAUCUGAGAUGUUGGGCCGGACGGAUGGUAUCCCAGUUGACUGGAUUCCAGAAGACUGUAUCGGUAAUUGGUGGCGACCGAAUUUUGAACCACCUCGCUAUCCAUAUAUUCCUGCUCAUGUAACUAAACCUAAAGAACAAACACGUUUAUUUCUAAUUCAACUUCCUGAGAAAACAUUGUUUGCUGUACCAUCAAAUUAUAAAUUAGUAGCAGCUCCGUUAUUCGAACUUUUUGACAAUGCCCGAGCCUAUGGUCCAAUUAUUUCUUCCUUACCUCAAGUAUUAAGUCGUUUCAACUUUGCAUACAACGAUUGA